CUCCCCACAGCUGUGUUGACCUCAUCCAAAUCCUAACACCCAACUCCAGACUUGUGCGCGCAUUCCAUUAUUUCCUUCUGGCGCAAGACAAACGGCUACUUCUCACUCUUUUCUGAGUGCUUCCCACUUCUCCAUUCCGCGCGCAGCGCACCGCUCUGCCGUCUCCUAGUUGUUGAACUGUUGGCGGUCCACAUACCUCCGUAAAGAUUCAUCAACAAAAUCACCAUGUCACUGGAUCGAUUCGAUCAGCCUGAUAUAUUUAAUUCCGUCGCUUAACUCUCUCUCGGCGCAUCCGUUACUUAAUCUCCGCGGCCAUGUCGUUCUUCGGCUUUGAUUCGGCACGCCACAACCCGGCGGCCGCCGGCUUUUCUCAGGCCCACAAUCCUUUCGCGGGGCUCUCAAAUCCCGAAGACGAAGGCGAUGCCCUUGAGUUCGAGCAAACCUACGAUGGCCUAGGUGACCAGCUGGAGGAAACGGGCGACGCCUUCAACGAUGAUACCUUCGGUGACACUGCUGGCCUGCAGUCCGGACCCGUGGGCAAGGACUUUGACUUCUUUGGCCAGACUGCUAAGGUUGCAAAUGUCAUCGAGGAGGAGCACGUUCGGUUCAACCGGCAGCAACCCGCCACCAAGGCCUCGCAGCCCGCGACGCAGCCCGCGACACACGGAGCGUCACAGCCAUCCACGUCUGGGGCGUCGCCAUAUGGCUAUCUCCGCCAACAGGCGACCCAAAAGCCUGCGCGGACGGGCUACGAACAGUACAACAGCGAACCCGUCGCCGACCUGCAGGUCGACCCGUCUCUCUGGGGUGUUGCGCCAAAGAAGCAGGCUCAGCCGGCCGCUAGUCCCGCCCCGGCAACGGUGCAGACUUCUGUCCCGCCCAACAGGAAGGUGCUUAGCCUAGAAGAGGUCGAAGCUCAGAUGCGGGCGCAGGCCAAAAAGGCCACGCAGCAAGCUACUCCGUCCCCAGCACCUCAGUCGACUGCCACUCCAUCUGCGCCUCAACCGCAGGUACUGCACCAGAUGCAAUAUGAGCAGGGCUACCACUUUCAACAGCAUCAAAAUCCCCAGACAGCCCUGCAGGCUGACCGUCCUCGUCAUGACCAAGCUUUUGCUCCUGGGCAUGGGCAUCCGGUCACCAUCCUGCAGAGACCGCAGUCCAAACAGGCUCCUUCACCUCAGUCUCCGGCCCAGCCGCCGACUCACAUCCGCCAGCAGUCGUCGACUUCCAUUCAGCCGACGCAGAUCCUGCAGAAUCCGAACCGUCUUUCCGGAGACACUGCGAGGCUUGGCGCGCGCCAACAUGCUACACCGACGAUGCCGGCCUCUAUUCCGACACACCCCAUGCACAGGCAGCAGGGCUCAUUUUCUCGGCAGCCGCAGAUUAUCACUCAUCCAUCGCAGCUUGCACAGCUCAGUGAAGAGGAAAAGGCGGCAUAUUUGGAGCAGGAAGCCAAGCGGGCUAAGCGGAACCACAAGAUUUUCCUCAUGUCUCGCGACAAUGGCCUCAUGACGCCGCAGGAUAAGAGCUUCAUAACCCGUAUUCAGCUUCAACAACUUGUUGCCGCUACUGGUAACCCUAAUGACCAUGGUACCGACGAGUCUCUUUCCGAGGACUUCUACUACCAGGUUCUCAGCCAAAUCCAGGGCAGCCAGCGCCAGCACCCCAGCCAGCCGCUGAACAACUUCGCGCAGACCUAUCUAUUCCAGACCGGGGGCCGCCAGGGCGGCAUGCGUCGCCACCACCGCGGCCCCGAAAACCAUAUGCAGCGUAUGGAGCAGCAGGUCCAGCGUGCUGUUGAAGCGGCUAAGAACAAGCCGAAAAACAAACAACUGGUCAUCGAAGGCAGUCUUGGAAAGAUCUCAUUCAGCAAUGCCAAGACCCCCAAGCCGCUGCUCAAUAUCAAGCGCACCGAGAGCACAGGCGAAGCCCCCCGCCCGGGCAGUUCUCAUAAGCAUAGUUCCAAUGCAGGCGACAGGAAGAGUGACUUGCGUUCCAUCGAGCUCAUCUACACCACGCUCAUGAAAAUGGAGGAUCACGACCGAGUCAUGCCUCCGCCUCCCACAAACGAUGCCGAUAGCGAGGCUAUCCAGAAAUACGUGACGUGGAACAGCGAGGCGCAGCUUCUCAACGGCAAGCUUUGGGAGAGCUUGCGGAUCCAUGACCAUCCCGCAAAUGGCCGUGUCCACCCAUUCAUCGCCCUCCUUUCGUACAGCAAGGGCAUGAAGGCGAUGCAGCGUAUCUCGCGCCACCUUACGCACGAGCAACGCACAACGGUCCUUACCUUGAUCGUUGUGAACCUUGACAGCCUGGAUGUUGUCCGCAACGCCCAGGUGAAUUCCGGCGCCAUGCAACUGAACGCAGCGAUGCGUGAGAAUGUGGAGCUCUUCUCCGGUGCUGUCAUGCCGACUCUCUUCAAUAUCCUGAACGAACUUGAUUUGGAUCUCGUUGCGGGCGUACUCGGCUUGGUCUGCACCCGCAAUGUCGACGUUAUCGCCAAGAGCAGAAUCGGCGCAUCCAUGCUCACCAUGAUCCUCAGCCGUGCCGAGAUAAUCAAGCAUGGCGGAGGUGGCAGUGAGCCAGCCUGGCGGUCCUGGGACAUGACUUACACGCAGUUUUUCGAGUUGAUUGAGCCCACGCUCCCUCACAUGUUCCCCGGACCAGUCACCGCCAGCGAUGACAUCUAUGUCUGGCAGCUCCUAGCUGCGCUCGGGAUCGGCGCCGGCCCCGACCAACAGCAGAGGCUGGUCCUUGCCGUCAAGGACCGUGUCAUGGAUACGGUUGCGCUGUCUAAGACCCUUCCUCAGGAUCUGGCUGCUCAGCGGCUUCAGAACGUCAACCUCUUUAUGCGGUCCAUUGGUUUGGACGUGGAGCUACUUCAGUGAGGCAUCACGGCGCUGCCGCUGAGCGGAUGAAGCGGUGUUACGAAGGAGUGGAGGAGAUGACUUUAUGCGUUCUGGAUUUUGACAAAAAUUGCGGUUGAUGCACCACAAGACGGGAGGUUUGAAAUGGCAUACCUGCUGCUGCGCCCGCCGGAAAUUGAUGGAUCCUGGAAAGUAUCUAUAUCGGCUCAACGGAACAUCGAUACCGGCCAAGGACGGAUACUGAAUUUUGCGUUGUUUACGCGGCGAGGACCAAGAACUGGGUGAUAUCAGGUACCAUAUUGUGUUUGUAUGGAUUAUGUGCAUAGUAUAUUAGUGAGUAGUAGAUUUGGGACCAUACCACCGGCGGAGGACAUAUCUCGCAUCCAGGUACCCAACUAUGAACA